AUGACAAAUUGUGAGACUUCACCAAUUUCCAGUACAAGUAAAUUUAGCUCAUAUAACAUUCAUUCAUCACCUAACACACCUGCAUCCACAUUCUAUACUACUGGUUCUUCUCCUUAUACUUUAUCUCAAUUCACAAGUCCAACAAAAUCUACAAAUGAAACCACAACACUAUCUCCAAUGCUUACACCAUUUAAAUAUUCAAAUAUUCAUACAGGUACAUCAAAACCCAUUAAUACUAUCACAAACUCAAAUUCAACAUCUACAUCGUCUAAAGCUUCAAGCACAUCUGCAAGUCCAUCAAAAUCUACAACUCCAACUAGAUUUCCUGUAAUUAAAUUUGUAACAAAACCUACUAAUACAACCACAACCUCAACUCCAAUCACUUCACCACCAAAACCUGCUAGUGCCAUCACACAUAUAACUUCAUCAAUCAUAAAACCUACUAAUACUAUCACAACUUCAAUUUCAACGCCGUCCAAAGCUUCAAGUACACCUGCAAGUACAUCAAAAUCUACAACUCCAACUGCAUUUCCUAUAAUUAAAUUUGUAACGAAGCCUACUAGUACCAUCACAACAUCAACCCCAAUGGCUCUACCACAAAAACAUACUAGUACCAUCACAACCUCAACUCCAAUGGCCCCACCACAAAAACAUAGUACCAUCACCCCUCUAAAUCCAACGGCUACUUCAUCUAUUAUAAAACCCACUAAUAUUAUCACAAACUCAACUUCAACAUCCACACCAUCCAAAGCUUCAAGUGCACAUGCAAAUGCAUCAAAAUCUACAACUCCAACUAGAUUUCCUAUAAUUAAAUUCGUAACGAGACCUGCUAGUACUAUCACAACCUCAACCCCAAUGGCUCCACCACCCAAACCUACUAGUACCACCGCACCUCUAAAUUUGACAGCUAUCUCAUCUAUUAUAAAACCCAUUAAUAUUAUCACAAACUCAACUUCAACAUCCACACCAUCCAAUGCUUCAAGUAUACAUGCAAAUACAUCAAAAUCUACAACUCCUAGAUUUCCUAUAAUUAAAUUCGUAACGAGACCUGCUAGUACCAUCACAACCUCAACUCCAAUGGCUCCACCACCCAAACCUACUAGUACCACUGCACCUCUAAAUCCGACAGCCACCUCAUCUAUUAUAAAACCCAUUAAUAUUAUCACAAACUCAACUUCAACAUACACACCAUCCAAUGCUUCAAGCAUACAUGCAAAUACAUCAAAACCUACAACUCCAACUACAUUUCCUGCGUAUCUAUCUACUGGAAGGUUUGUAGAGGAUUCACAUCUGCGCCAUAGUUUUAUUCUAGAUUCAGAUGAUUAUUUCUAUGCAAAUGAAGAAAUCCGUAAUUAUAAAAGAACAUGA